AUGUACGAAGGGAUUGACAACCUGAAAUCCCUUUACGACCGUGCCGGGAAGACUUUCUCCGGCGGUCCUUCUGCGGCACAGGAUGUGCCGCGUCGUACUGCUCAACCAGACCCAGUACGUCAACCAUCAAUUGGGAGCGGGGCUCCCAAGAAUCCCAGGACGGGGGAUAGCCGCGCCACCGGACGAGAUAAUCGUCCGACGUCCGUUCGCGUCGCGGUGGUUCAACAGCUGCUCAACUAG